UACAGGGCAGAUAGCUGCAAAGGAUGCUUGCUCUGUUUGGUGCACAUUUGUGAAUACCAAAUGGAAGAGACUAAAGAAAGCUUAACCUUUAAAGGUGUUGCUGAGAGACUGACUCUUGGCAUUACUCGAAUACUCGAGAACAUGCCAGGUGUGGUCGAUGUGCGUUUUGUUGAGAGGGAGCCUGCAGAGAAGAGGAGCCUCCUGUCAUGGGAACAGAAAAACGCUUGUAUUUUGCCAGAGGACCUGCGAGAUUUCUAUCUGACAACUGAUGGAUUCACGCUUACCUGGAGUGUUAAACUAGACAAUGAGUGUGUUCCCCUGGGAUGCAUGAUGAUAAACAGUGUGUCCAGCCUGUGCCCACUCCUCCAACCAGUAUCACUAUUCUCUCUGCCCAAUGCCCCCUCGCUGGCAGACCUGGACUGGGAGGAGGACGGCGCAGAAAGUGGGAGGGGUCGUGCUCCCGCUGCACCCCACUUUGAUUCCCGGAGCCGCAUCUUCGAGCUGCACUCCUGCGGUGUGAAUGGGAAAGUGUGUCUAGUCUACAAAAACUGCACUACAGGUGUGGUAGCCCAGCAAAGUGAAAUUUGGUUCCUUGAUCGCUCGCUCUGUUGGCAUUUACUGACGGCAACCUUCACCUCCUACUACCGACUGAUGAUCACCCACCUGGGUCUGCCUGAGUGGCAGUAUGCCUUCACCCCGUACGGCCCCAGCCCCCAGGCCAAGCAGUGGGCAUCACUGUACCAGCCUCUGACUUUCAGCAGUGAGCUCAACUUUGUGGAUCCUGCAGGAGAUUCCCACCUCAACAAGCUGGAUCCUACAAAGGCCUUCAAAGGAAAAGCCAAGGUACCUGUCUUAAAGAAGAAGCAGUCGACACCAUGCAGCCUAGAGCACAGCAAAGAGCCAAAGCAGCGCAGUGAGACACCACAGUGGGGGAAAGCGGUGAGAAUGUUUCCAUCAGAGGAAAACCUUUCAACCAGCUUUUCCGUCUAACAUGGGUUAGUGGAGCAGCUCGCAAG